AUGACCACAGACACGGUUUCUGCAGCGCUGGCUGCAGCACCGGCUGCUCAAACCUCAGAAUGGGUGCGUCCUCUUUCCCAUCGCGGCAUUUAUCCUACGUCGACUGCGUCCGAAGAGCGUCAGGCUGACAUUCACCCGUGGUUCUCUGUUGCUCCUCCUCUGCAGACCAGCCCCUCCUUCAGACCGGAGCACAUCAACCAGAUCAUCUCGGGCGUCGACAGGUAUAACCCUCAGAAUCUCGCGGUACUGAACGAGUACUUGCAGCAGCAGCUCGACGAGGGCACCUACGACUGCCUUGCCAAUCUAGCCAUCCUCAAACUGUGAGUGGCAAAUGUGCUUCAAGCAGCGUUGGGUCCCCUGGGUGGGCUAGCUGCUGCUGCUGCUGCUGCUGUAGCAGUGUGGGCUCUGAGACAAGCGCAAGCGUUCCUGAGGCGUGUUGCGCAGGUAAGGAGAGAGCGACAAGGUGCGGAAUUUGGGCGGGACUGCGGAGCGUGGCUUGUGGCACGCGCUACGCUAGUACAGCAGGCAGUCAUGCCGCGCGAAGUGAUGUGCAAUCAUAUACCCAAAUUGUCGAGCGUUUCUGGGCUGAUUACCCAUUACGUAGAUGAGAGGAAACGUUAUUAGCUCUAUCUGAUCGAUGCAUGGCUGGCGCCGAUUCGUCGAGUUAGGGUGUGGACGCAGGGCGACAGCAAAGAAGACGGCGAUGCCUGCUCAAACACUCGGAACGCUGACGCUUCGAGCCCCGGAAUUCCCGUGCGCGGCGCAGCUUUCAAUUCAACCCAACAGACUUUGACUACGGAGUGGCAAUCUCGAUCUUGGCCAAGGCCUUGACAGCCGCGCCUAGAACCGACUUUUCGCUCUGUUUGGCACUUCUUGGCGAAGCGCCCGUCGACGUUCUGAGUGCCAAGCCCCAGGAGGGCGAAGGAGCAGCAGCAGAGUCGACGGACACCGGAGCGGACCCAACACCUGCAGACGCGGCCAGCGGGGCUGACAAGUCCAAAGACGCUUCGAGCGCCUCUGCCACACAAUCUUCAGCUGGUCUGAUCACCGAUGCGCUCAUCGUCAAGCUGGCGAAGCUCAACUCCCUACUGCAAAGCGCCAAAUUCAGAGAGUUUUGGGCUGCUCUGGCAAACCCAGAGAAUGAGGAUGUCGCUGGUGUAUUGCAAGGCUUGACCAGAUUUGACGAUGCCAUCAGAGCCGUGGCGCUUUACAACGUCAAAGGCGCAUUCAGAGCCAUCAGCUCUGAAAGGCUCGCCUCUUACCUCAACCUCAGGGGUGAGUCUGCGCACGCGAAUCAAGAGCGUACAUUUCAACCAAGUGCCACUGCGGCUGUCGCUGAUGCCUCCGUCACUCGCAUCCUGGCUGGCAGGCUCGGAAUUAUCCAACUUCAUCUCGAAGCAACCAGGCUGGGUGUUGGAAGGUGGAAAGGUCAUUGUACCUGCCAACGUUGACAAUGACAUCAAAGCGACUGUCAUCAGAGAAGACUUGCAACUGGACCGUAAGUCUACAGCGAGUUUGACCGCGUCCUACUCUCUGGUGAUCAAUGGCUCACCAGGCGAUAUCCUUUCGCGUCUAGAAUUGACAAAGUUCCUGUCUCAGGCUCAAGCUGCGUAG